AUGGAGAUUACCCAAGACAAGAUCAUCACUCGACUCAUAAGUUUCACGUCAGCAGCAUAUAAGUAUAUCAAGGAUAAAGACAAUCAAAAGUUCAUAGCUAAAAAAUUCUUCGAGGUUCUAAACAAAGUAGCGUCUAACGGAAAAACUCUUCCUGACAAUCAGAACACCAACUUGUUUUUUAUAAGAGAGCUGUCAAGCAAAUAUUUUAUUGAGACCAAAAAUCUAGCUAAGUUUAAUGAUUUUCAAUUAGAAAAGUUACUUGUUGAAGUAGGUGAAAAACCGGCAGGGAAAAAGCUCUCAUCCACAAGACCAACGAGAAAAGCACCCGGCAUACCAGAAGGCGUAUCUCCAGCAAGGAGGGAAAGGAAAAUACCACUGGACAUCAACUUUUCACUCCCAGUUACAAAACUAAAACAAGAACGUUCAAUUCCCAAACCAAGCUACAAGGUUCCAAUUUCUAAACUAGGAUUAAGUACAAUUCCUAAACCAGAACCAGAACGUUCAAUUCCUGAACUAAAAAGACCAACUUAUGUUAAAGUCUCUCAUUCAUUCUCAAAUCUUAUUAAGAAGUACAAGAUACAAGUUGUAAGUAACGAUCCACAAAUUCAACUGACAAGAUCAAUUCCGUCACUUAAGUUAAUAUUUGAAAAGAAUAUUGAAGUUAUGCGGGGAAUUAAAUAUCAUAUUAACCUUUUAGUUAGAUACAUCAUGUACAAAGGUAGUGGAGAUAUUGACGAGGCUACAUACAACGCAAAUCAUUUUGCACAAGUAAUCACCAACAUAAAUCAGCUAGACGAGUCCCUAGAUAAAAGUAUAAGCUUAGUUCUUGAACGAGUGUCUAACUUCAUAGCAAGAGGUAGUGGGUGGCAAGUAAAGAACAUUGAGAAGAUGGACAUAAUUUUAAAUACAUACUCUCCCCUUGAAGGAUCAUCAUACAUUGACCUACCAAAAGAACUUUAA